AUGACCACGCCUCUACUUGGCUCGGCCUCUUCAACUUACCCCGCGUUGCUUGCUGCACUUGCUCCUUGGCCGUCCACCACUCCAGGACCCAAGACCAUCUUCUUCUGGGCCCCUGCCAUGAAAUGGGGCCUGGUCAUUGCCGGACUGGGUGAUCUCCAGAGACCUGCCGAGAAGCUCUCUGUUUUCCAAACUGCAUCCCUCAUGGCCACCGGCAUCAUCUGGAGUCGAUAUGCCACCGUCAUCACCCCCAUCAACUACAACCUGAUGUCCGUGAACAUCUUUGUCGGCGGCAUCGGCAUGUACCAGAUGUGGAGAAUCUGGAAGUGA